AUGUCGAUUGCCGCCGCCGUUUCCACUGCUCUUGAGUAUCAAUGGGUUUGCGUCCUUUGGCCUAACGCAGAGAUAGAUCCCUCCCGAGCUGCAGCCAGGCGUGUUACGCAGGCUUAUUGGAACGCCCUUGACUCCGAGUUCAGCACCGAUCGACCGCUGACUCGCCUCGAAAAGUGGCGGGUUAUGCAGUGUGUUCUCGAGGCAGCGUCUGCUCUCCGAUUCCUCGUCGUGGCUCUCUCGAACCCUUGUCGCACAACUUCUCGCAACCCAAACGGCGUCGCUCCUACUGGCCCCGAGAUACACGAUGACACGACCAUCGAGGGGGAUAUUCGCCGGACCGUCCCUGCCUACACCCGCGAAUGUCGUGAGGCCAAUGCGUUUGUUGCUGCACUGGAACGACUUCCCACUGCUUUCGAGACGCCGGUCGAUGGGGAGAACGAUCGCAAGAAGGCAAAGCUCCCUCCGAUGGAACUCCACGACGAGUUCAUCGAAGACAUGGAACGUCUUGUCGCCGAAGGUAAGGAGACCGUUUGCAACGCUGUCCGCACUAUUGGCCAGGGUCCUGUUCGUCGUGGAGCAGCGCAAGCCACUCCUCAAAAGCGUCGCCGAGCGCUCAAAGAGGAUGAUGACGAUCUGCAGAAGAGUUCAAUCCGGGACUCUGAAUCCUGA